UGUUAUUGACGUUGAUAAUCAUGAUCAAUUUGAUUUCGGCCAAAAGAAUGUUAAAUGGGAAAGUUCUAAGCGGGAAAAAAUAUCUUACGCAAAUAUUGAAUCUAAGUUAUCUGAUAAUGAUUUGAUAUUAGUAAGCCAACUUUUUAAUAAUUGUCCAGCUUGUAAGCACUUCGGGUUUGUCAAUGUUAAUCCUAAUACUAGCCAA